AUGCUCGACCUCAAUGACUUUAUCGCCGAGCGCGGCGGAAAUCCCAACAAGAUCAAGGAAAGCCAGCGCAAGCGUUUUGCCCCUGAGGAAGCUGUCGAUGAAGUGAUUGCAUUGUAUGAGGAGGCUCGGCGCGCGCGCUAUGAGGUGACACAAUUUGGUUCGCAGCUAAACCCCCUGCUGAAGCAGAUUGGCAUGAAGAAGAAGAAAGUAAAAGACAGAAUUCUCGCUGACCUUCUUUACCUUACUCCGCAGAAUAAGGAGGAUGCUACCGAGCUCAUGGAGCAAAAGGCGGAACUUGAAACGCGCAAGAAGGAGGCCGAGGACAAAGCCACCCAGAAGGAAUUGGAGCGAGACCGCAAGAUUCGUACCAUCGGAAACUAUGUUCACGAGUCUGUGCCCGUCAGCAACAAUGAGGACAACAACGAGAUUAUCAAGACCUGGACCCCCACAGAUGCUGUCAUGGACCGACCCGGCUGCCUCUCCCACCACGAAGUUCUGACCCGUCUGGAUGGAUACGACCCCGAGCGUGGUGUGAAGAUCGUCGGUCACCGUGGAUACUGCUUGACUGGAUACGGCCUGUUCCUCAACUUGGCCCUGGUGAACUACGGCUUGGAAUUCCUGUUCAACAAGGGCUACACGCCCAACCAGCCCCCUCAAUUCAUGCUCAAGGACCUCAUGGCCAAGACAGCCCAGCUGGAGCAAUUCGACGAGGAGCUGUACAAGGUCACCGAGAGCGAAGAGCAGUCGACGGACAAGUAUCUCAUCGCUACCUCGGAGCAGCCUUUGUCUGCUCUUCACGACAGCGAGUGGUUGCAGGACAAGGAUCUGCCCAUUAAAUACGCCGGAUACAGCACGUGUUAUCGCAAGGAAGCCGGUGCUCACGGCAAGGACGCUUGGGGUAUUUUCCGUGUCCACCAGUUCGAGAAGAUUGAACAAUUCGUUCUCACCAAGCCCGAGGAUUCGUGGCAAGCCUUUGAAGAUAUGAUGGCCACCUCUGAAGAGUUCUACCAAUCCUUGAAGCUCCCCUACCACGUGGCGGCCAUUGUCUCCGGUGCGUUGAAUAACGCUGCUUCCAAGAAGUACGAUCUGGAGGCUUGGUUCCCCUUCCAGAAGGAGUACAAGGAGCUCGUCUCUUGCUCCAACUGCCUCGACUACCAGUCCCGUGCUCUGGAGAUCCGCUAUGGCGUGAAGAAGGCGACCGACCUAAAGAAGACCUACGUGCACGCUCUGAACGCCACUUUGUGUGCCACAGAGCGUACUCUUUGCUGCAUUCUGGAGAACUACCAGCGUGAGGAUGGUAUCGAGGUCCCCGAGGUUCUGCGCAAGUACAUCCCCGGCCAGCCCGAGUUCCUGCCCUAUGUCAAGGAGCUCCCCAAGGGUUCCACUUCCCAGCAGAAGAACAAGAAGGAGAAGUCUGCCGGGGGUGCCGAGGACGCCGCCAAGAAGAUGCAGAAUCUGACGGUCUGA